GGAUGCUGCCAGCGGAAAAUGGCUGCUGCAACCUCAAGCCUAUCCUGAUACACCGAAACGACAUCAAGGUGGAGAGAGAGAGCGAGAGGAAGAGAGAGAGAAAGAGAUAAAAAGAUUAGGAAAAUGAGAGCAGAUACAGAGAGAGAAUGUGAGUGAGCCUGUGAGUGUUUCCUGAAAGGAGGAUAAAAAGAGAGAGAGGAGACCCUGGGGUGGGCUGCUGCAAGCGGCGGGCAACACCGAGCCAUGGAGGGCGAUGUGCGUGUUCGUGCAGUGGUGAUGACACGUGAUGACUCCAGUGGCGGUUGGGUGCCCCUUGGAGGUGGCGGCCUCAGUCAUGUGGUCAUAUGUAAAGGGCGGAGUCAUGACGGCAGGGGGCGGAGAGAAUACAUCAUACAUGGAGAGCGGCUGCGAGAUCGAGCAGUGAGUGUGUGCGUGUGCUGUCUUUGGUGCCACGUUGCUCCUCAACACCACCUAAAGACUCCGGUGUUGGAGUGUGCUGUGCAAAGGGGGUUAGUGUACAACAAGGUGAACCCCAUCUUUCAUCACUGGCGAGUAGAAGAUCGAAAGUUUGGCCUUACUUUCCAGAGUCCUGCCGAUGCCAUCUCCUUUGAGAAAGGGCUGCAGACUGUCAUAGACAAGCUUGACAGAGGCUCUGACUCUCCCUCGUCCUCCACACCAGAAGAGGCUGACACAGAGGAUGAUGGACAAGCUUCCCAUACAGGAAGUGAGUCGUCAUCCAACAGCAGAAAGGAGAUGCUUCCCAAACCCAUCACCAUAGUGACGAGCGAGUCUUCGUCUACCUGUUUUGUGCGGCCAGAGGAGUUUAGUUUUGGAUCCAGCCAUGCUGUCACCACUCAGACACCUGCUCAGAUCCACACCAGGCCGGGACAGCACCAGCUCUCACAAAUGACGGCUGUGUUGAAUCCGCCAGCGCCCCCACCCCCACCUCCUGCUCCACCUACUCCUCCUGUGGGUCCCCCAGCCUCAUCUCCUCUGUCCCCCCUCUCACCCACCAUUUCUCUGCUCGAGGAGGGAGACCUGCGCAGUGUGGACCCUUGCAAAGACCUGUGGGGUUCUCGAGGUUAUGAGGACUACCGAAGGGCAGGGGCCACCAGGACUAUGGUUGGGGGGCUGACUGGGGGUGUGGUUGUCGGUGGUGGGGGGAGUCUGCAGGACAAGUCAGAGCUGUGCGUGGUACGCUUUGAGAAAGAGCUGGCAGGGGUGGGGACGGCAGGCUGCGACGUGACAGUGAGCUUGGACAGUAAAGCUGCCCAGCGGUUGUCCUCAUCGUCACCCACCUGUAUGUCCAUGCCCAACGCUGUGUCAGGCGUGUCCUCAGGUGCCGGCUCACCCCAGGAGACAGGCAAAGGCUCGCCCUCUCCCUGCUGCAUCCACACCUCAUUGGCCACGCCCCGGUCGCGGACUCGUAAGAGAGGAGGAGGGGCCAGCAGCGGCGGCGACCCUGGGGUAAUCUCCCCCGACGACGACAGCCCAUGUCCUCAGGCUUCAUCGUCAUGCUCAUCACGUUGUGUGUACUGCCGCUCUGUUUUCAGCGCUUCAGAAAAUGGGCGGGGCCGCUGCAGAGAUGCCCCUGACCCGGCCCUGCACUGCCUGCGCCAGUGGACCUGUGUGUGGUGUGCAGAAAGUCUGCUCUACCACUGCAUGUCGGACUCUGAGGGAGAGUUCUGGGAGCCUUGCUCAUGUGAUGACUCGAUGGGGGGCCACCCGCACCCCCUUUGCUGUGCCCGCUGGUUGGCCCUCCUGGCCCUGUCGCUCUUCGUGCCCUGCAUGUGCUGCUACCUGCCUUUGCGCGCCUGCCUGCGGUGUGGAGAGAGGUGUGGCUGCUGUGGGGGAAAGCACAAGGCAGUCCGAUGAGGCCAGGCUAGGGGGUGGGGGUGGGAGGGGUUCCCCGGACCAAGGAGGUUUGGAUGUUGAGAGGAGAGAGCAAGAGAUGGAGUUAGCAGGUGGAACAGUGCUCUCAGUACACCCAGACCUCCGACGUGGCCCUCCAAAACCCCACGGCCUUCCACUGCAUUCUGCUCUGUCUCUUUUCAACCCGGGGCCUUCCUCACUGGUCCUUGCCUGCUGAGGGUGCACUACACUCAGACCAGGCUCUGUGGGAGUCAUCUGGAGCCUUCAUAGUGGAUUUACUGAGGAUUGGCUGAUCUAGAAUUAGCAGUCAGAGACUAUAUCACAAGAAGAGUGGCAGAGGCAACGAUGAUGUGUACACUGUUUCAAAUGUCUGUUUUUUUAUUUAGAGAGAAAAACACAAAAAACUAAAGAUGUUUAUAUAUAUGAUUGUUAUAAUUUUAAUUGGUAUAUUUUACUAAAUGUAAAACAUAUUGACCGAAUCCCCCAGUGGCACACACUAUCACGUAUUCACAAACAUGAGAUCUUGAGGAAGUUAUUCGUUUCAUGUUGCCCUGUUUAUCAGUCAGAUGAGCAGAUGUCACCCUUUACCUCUAAUUUUUUUUUUACCUCAGAUGUUACUCAGCCCUGGUUAAGAAAUGAAAAAGAGGAAGGGGAGAGAGUGAGCAUGAGUGAGUGCAGUCUUCAAGAAAGUAUGAGCAUCUGAGACCACUAGUGUUGUCUUUUGGUUAAAGUAGUAGACCACAGUGGAAGAAAGGUUAUCAAAUGCAAAGGGACAAUUAAUGUUAAGGGAAGUUGCAAUGACAACCACAAAGACUUAAAAGUCAUAAUGUGAUUCAUUAUGGUCCUUUGUAACCAAACACAAGGUUAUUUUUGUUUUCUAAAAAAAAAAAA